AUGGAGGAGAUGCUGCCCCUGCCACUGGGCAGAAGCAAGCCGUACCUGGAGAAGCUGACCCUGGGGAUCACCCACAUUCUCGAAUCUUCUCCAGGUCUGACAGAGGUAACCAUCAUUGAGAAGCCACCUGCUGAACAUCAUAUGAUUUCUUCAUGGGAACAAAAAAAUAACUGCAUGCUACCUGAGGAUGUGAAAAACUUUUACCUGAUGACCAAUGGCUUCCACAUGACAUGGAGUGUGAAGCUGGACAAAACAAUUCCAUUGGGAAUCAUGGCAAUUAACAGCAUUGCAAAACUGACUCAACUCAGCCAGUCUUCCAUGUAUUCACUCCCUAAUGAACCAACUGUGGCAGACCGAGAUGAUGAGCAUGAAGCCAAUGAAAACCAACCAGAGAAGCCUCACUUUGAUUCUCACAGUGUGAUACUUGAGCUGAAUCCUUGCAAUGGGAGUGGGAAGGUUUGCCUUGUUUACAAAACAGGGAAACCACAAUAA